GCUGCAGACAGUCAGGUGUGGCCGACUCGGCGGGGAGACAUUCCGACCGGAGCCGAGAUUCAGAGCACUCCUCCGGGAGAAGAAAAAAACAACAACGCCUACCGCGGAUCUGUACGGAUGAACUACGGACAGAGCACUGAGUUCAACGAAAAGAUAAAAAUACCUUUUUAAAGAAGCAAGAAGCGAGAGUCCUCCACGUGUAACGAAACAGGGAACGGUUUCUAAUUCACACACCCACCAGAGGAACUGAAGAGGAAAUAAGGGAUCAGUUUAAAGGAACCUCAGCAGAUGUAACCACGACUGAACUGGAGCUCAGUUUCUUUUCUUCUUUAAAAAGGGAUGGCGUUAAUGAGUGAGCAGUGCAGGAGCUCCGAGCAGUCACUGGAUUCAUGAUCGUUUGUCAUCUCACUCGUCCAUUUGGCUGUCACAGCAACGACCACAAAAUCCCUCGACCAUGGAGCCUCAGCUGUGGGACUGACUCUCAGUGUGUUAAUGCUCAUGACUUGUGUGGAAAAACAUACGUUCAAUGUGGGGCCGCAUCCACAAGGGAGAACACUACACUGACACAUACUGCUGAUUUUGAAAAAAGUCGAUGCAGAAAUCUAUGAGUCCUCACGAUUUGGAAAUCCCCCUGCAUGAGAGUCACUGGGUGGAACUGGAACUAAGGUGGAAGCAUGCGAUCGCCGUCCGCCGUCAAGAAUGAAUCAUUAGUGCAGAGCUGUACAGAAACGCUUCAUUUUCUGCUCGCUGCUGCCGUGUCACUUUGAAACUAAAAGGAAAUCAACACUAGCACUGAAUCUGGAGGAUAAAGCCAAAACUGGAAAGUGCAGAUUUUUAAACUGGAAAAGUCCAUUCUUCCUCGGCAUGGGAAUGCCUGAUUGUUGGACGUGCGCCACCCUGAGCUCGUAGCAUUUGGAAGGUGGAAACAAAAGCAAAAAAAAAACAGCGGGGUCAUACAGAGUGUCCCCCUCCCUCCUCCUAUGAAACUGAUUUCACUCUGACAUCCAGUAAGAAGCCGUCCAAAUGGCGGGGAAAGACUACAAUCAUCUCUUUAAACUGCUCAUCAUCGGAGACUCCAAUGUGGGGAAAAGCAGCCUGCUGCUCCGCUUUGCAGACAACUCCUUCUCUGGAAGCUACAUCACCACUAUCGGCGUCGACUUUAAGAUCCGAACAGUGGACAUCGACGGCGAGCGGGUCAAGCUGCAGAUCUGGGACACGGCGGGGCAGGAGAGGUUCAGAACCAUCACAUCAACGUAUUACAGAAACACACACGGAGUGAUCAUAGUUUACGACGUGACGAACCCAGAGUCGUUUGUGAACGUGAAGAGGUGGUUAAAUGAAAUCUCUCAGAACUGUGACAGCGUCUGCAAAAUCCUAGUGGGAAACAAGAACGACGACCCUGCCAGGAAGCAGGUGGAGACUCAGGACGCUGUGCGUUUUGGAGAAUCGAUGGGGGUCCGGGUGUUCGAGACCAGCGCCAAAGAGAACAUAAACGUAGAAGAGAUGUUCAUGGCCUUCACCCACAUGGUGCUACGGGCCAAGAAGCAGAGCCAGAACCGAGCGGAGAGGGAACGAGAGCGAGAGAAGGACACGGUGAACAUCAACGCCCACAGAGACCGAGACCGCAGGAAGAGAGGGAAGAAGUGCUGCUGAAACCCGGACGGACACGCCGAAGCUAACUCAGCGCUCAUCGCUCGCACAGAAGGCGCCGAGUGAAGAGGGGGGGGAGGGGGGGAAACGUUGCCUUAAGGAGAGGAGUGUUUCCUCCUGCAGACGUUUGAAUCUGUGCGGCUCACUGUCACAGCGGGCUACAGGUCAGUGAAUGUAACCGAGGGAAUCUGGAGGAACAGUCUGCACUGACUCGUGGAGCGGGCCUGGAGGUUAAAGGAUCAUUCUGGUGUUUUUGAACUUGAAACUGCAUUUACUACAAAUCACACAUGAAGCCCUCUGCAGUGUCAGAGCGAGGAGGACGAGGAGGACGAGGAGGACGAGGAGGACGAGGAGGACAAGGAGGACGAGGCAUGUUGGUACUUUACAGACGCCUAACUGCCCUGAUCACCAUGACGAUCUCUGUUGACAUUCAUCAUCACAACAGACUUUUUAAGUGACCCCCUUUGCCUUUCAAGCAGUGCCAACAUUAGGAUAACAUUUUUUCCACUUGAACACAAAACAUCCUGAGCCAGAUCAGCGUCUCCUUUUUCUCUCAUCUCCGCGCUCCCAAGAUGCCGAUUCUUAAUAUCAACAUUUACUCUGGAUCACAAGAAACCUUUCGCACAGGAGAGGGAAUUCUAUCCCGAUAUCGACGCCCCCCGAGAUGAUUGAUUCUAAUAUUUUCAGUGAUCCAUGGCCUUUUCUCAAGUGCCACUAUUAGAGUAAAAUCUGAACAGAAGCAUAAAAAUACAUACACUCAACAAACGGAGGUCGGUGCUCUCAGAGAAGAACCUUAGACGUUCAAAAUAUGACUCAGUGGACUCCUUCUCUCAGGCAGGAUCCAAAGAAGAAGUCCUUCAGACAGAUGUAUUAAGGUGCAAAGGACUAACGUUUGGAUGCACUUCAAUACAUUUGUCUGAAGUGAUUCUUCAGCUCCAGUGCUGAUCAGAGAGAAGGAGUCCUGAAUUAUAUUUUCAACACACAUACAUCAGGUUUACGUGUUAUGAUUCUCUCAAUAUUCUGCUUUUUAGAGGAAGGAGUUCUCAUGUCAGGCAGGUUACCUUGAAGCUUUAGAGCUCAUCUUCCUGUUCUUCAAGUUUCUUUGACUUUAAAAAAAGUGUCUUACAAACUUCACCUGAUGUGAUGCUCUAACAUCAGCUGAAGUGUUUUUAAUAGAACUGCAACUUUUGAUUCUUUUCAUGAAAUAUUAAUCUGCUAAUUGUUUUUUCAAUUACCUCUGUCUACACACUUAAUAAACUGGUUAAGACAGCCCUACGCUAUUACCUCCCAAACCAAGAAAACGAAGGUCAACACCCUGAAAUCAAAUUACUUUGAAACGCUUUUCCACAGGAUGAAUUCUAAGCGUCCUCCGCUUGUCCUUUUUGUGACAUCACCAAGUUGAAAUCUGCAAAGUAAUCAGACAAACGCCAUGAAGCUAGCAAACCUUUUGCCCAACUUCUGCUCUGCUCUUUUUACUUUCAGCAGCUCGUCUCCCAUCUUUCAUCUUUAUGGACCAUGUCUCCGUUUGUCUUCCUCCUUUAGACAAUCCAUCACGGAAAAUUGUGCAAAAGUGAAACGUCCGUCUGCGCCUCUUUUCCUCAAACAAGUGACAUGACAGAAGAGGUCAGAGCAGACGUGAUGGAAGGGAACUCGAGGAAGUCUCUGCAGGACGAUUUUUAAUGUUGGAGGUGAUAUAAAAUGCAAACGUCUUCUGUCCUGUGAGGCCGAUUUUAAAAAUGAAUCCAAAACACAAGAGUCUGCUUUGAAAUACAGCCGAGAGAUUCAAAGUGUAUUUGAGGGUAGGUCAGACAGAGGGUCCAAAAACACUGGGAUGGUUCUUUGAGUUUGCACUAGAGAACCACUGUAGGGACGUUUUUUAAAAUUUCUUUGUUUUGUCUUAAUCCAGUCAGAGUAUUUGACCACUCAAAGGGAAACUGGGGAACUGUAACUGUGACCCACUAACAGGUGUGACGAGUGCAGUCUGUACGGCCUUCUUUUUAGUCUGAACGAGGCCAGUAAUCCAGGACUACAGUUUGUGUGAAACCUCGACACAGUACAAGCCUAAAGUGUCCAUGUUAAUAAGAUGUUGUUGUUUUUUUAAUGUCGAUCUCUGUUGCCUAGCAAAAGUGUCCAAAUUCAAAUAAAGCAAUAAAUCAAAA